AGAAACAAACACCAUGUGCUUAGACUGGCAUUUUGCCCAAAUUUCCAGGGCCUUUUCUAUUUUUCAUACACAGAAGCCAGCUUUCCAAUCUAAACGUCAAAGGGUACCCUCAUCUUCCCAGAAGUUGCAGCCUCUUUAGAGAGAGAGAUAGUGGAAAAAAAUCUUCUGGUAUUCUCAAAUUCCCACUUGGGUUUUUUCCCAAGAAAUUGAAUUCCUCUUUACAUAGAUACAUAUAUAUGAUGGACUCAACAAUUUCUUGUUUUUGGGUAGAGAUGGUUUUCAGGAGAGUGGCUAUUUGUUUCUUGGGAUGUCUUGGGAUAUCUCACCCGGCCAAAAAAGCUGCCCUUGCCCUAGCACCAGCACCACCAGAGACUGCUGAGACAUCUUCUUCUUCUUCUUCAUCAUCAUCUUCUUCAUCUUUAGCAUCAUCUGAUGGGACACCAUCAAGGGUCAGGCUAAGUGAUGGCAGAUGCUUGGCUUACAGGGAGCUGGGGGUUCCCAAGAACAUAUCCAACUACAAAGUCAUUCUUGUCCAUGGAUUUGGAAGCUCCAAGGAAAUGAGUUUCAUGGCUUCCCAAGACCUAAUGGAUGAGUUGGGGGUAUAUCUUCUGUUAUUUGAUCGUGCUGGAUAUGGAGAAAGUGAUCCAAAUCCAAAGCGCUCUGGAAAAACUGAAGCAUCAGACAUUCAAGAACUUGCUGAUCAGUUGCAGUUAGGAUCCAAGUUUUACGUAAUUGGAAUCUCACUCGGAUCUUACCCCAUUUGGAGUUGCCUUAAACGUAUCCCCGAAAGGCUAGCAGGGGCGGCUAUGGUGGUCCCAAUGAUCAAUUACAACUGGCGGUCUCUUCCAAAUGAGCUUACAAAGGAUGACUACAGGAAGAAUCUAUCCCGAUGGGCACUUUGGGCUUCACGCUAUGCACCAGGACUAGUGUACUGGUGGUUUACGCAAAAAAUGUUCCCUUCAUCCACAGUUUUUGAUAGAAAUCCAGCAUUUUUCAACAACAAAGAUUUAGAGGUCGUGAAGAAUACCCCAGGAUUUAAUUUGCUCGGAAAGAAUAAGUUGCAACAACCAGGUGUUUACGACUCCAUUCGACGCGACUUUAUCGUGGCUUUUAGCAAAUGGGACUUUGAUCCACUGGACUGUCAAAACCCAUACGUCAAAAAUGAAUGCUCGGUUCACAUUUGGCAAGGUUUUGAAGACAAGGUUGUGCCUGUUGAGCUACAAAGAUACGUUUCGAGGAAGCUUCCCUGGGUUCGCUACCAUGAAGUCCCUGAUGGUGGGCAUUUGCUUGUGUAUGACAAUGUUGUGUGUGAAGCCAUUCUAAGGUCUCUUUUGCUUGGAGAAGAUCCUCCGUUAUAUAGACCUAAGUUAGAUGUUUAGUGUGUUCAGAUUCGUGUCAUCCGAUUGAUGACCCUGUUAGUUAAUUUGAUUUGUACAGAACGACGUUAACUUGUGUUACAUUCAAUUGGUUUUCAAGGAAGUUUCUGAGUGGUCGUA